UGCAAAUUCCCAAUUCCAAUGCUUUGACAAGCUUUAAGCUUCAAAAAAUGGCUCUUUUCUCUACCAGUCGUUUUCUUCCUCUUCUUCUUCUACUUUCAAUAUGCCUCUCAUUCUUUCUCACAUUCGCAGCAGCUUCGAGCUCUGCUAAGUCUAUCUAUGAAGUUCUUCGCAAACAUGGACUCCCCAUGGGUCUGCUUCCGAAGGGUGUGAAGGAAUUCGACAUUGACAAAGAAGGUCGAUUCUGGGUGCAUCUGGAUCAAGCUUGCAAUGCCAAAUUCGAGAGCGAAUUGCAUUUCGAACAAAACGUUACGGGGACUUUGAGUUAUGGACAGAUGGGAGCGUUGUCUGGGAUAACGGCGCAGGAGCUAUUUCUUUGGUUUCCGGUGAAGGGUAUUCGCGUGGACAUACCGAGUUCUGGGUUGAUUUAUUUUGAUGUUGGCGUUGUUCGUAAGCAAUUCUCUUUGUCCCUGUUCGAGACGCCGCCGGAUUGUUUAGCGGCUCCGUCUGGGGAGGCAGAUGAUUUCCCAGAAGGGGUGAUCAUGGCGGAAUCUGUUUCCAAGAGUCAAUCAGGAAAGCUUCGGUAUCAGCUUAAUCAGGAAAAUUUUGGGAGAUAUGUUCUGUAGAUGAUGCAAGAGGAGGUGAAUUAAGUUGUGUUGUAGUUGGAUCAUCAUGGUUUCUCCAAUCAUAUAGCAUAUAUCUUUGGAGAGCAUAAAUUAACAGGCGCAGUGUGCUACUUGUUUGUCUUUUCCUUCCUCAUAUAGUGCAGAGUUAGUGUAGUUAUGACAGCCCCUGCAUUUCAGUGAUUUGUUGAGAAGAUACUCGAAAAAGUGCAGCAACAUAAAAAUUUUGCAGAAUCGAGCUUCUUCUAAAGUCGAUAAAGCUAGGCCUGAGCAUUUGGUUGUGAGGAAUUCAGGUACAUUCGCGGUGGACAUAAUUCAAGGCAGAGGGCUUGAGUAAUUUUGGUCUUGUGUAUAUUCUGAUAUGGGUUUCUCUGUAUAUGGAUACUUUUUUCUGAGAAACAAAUAAAAUUUUAUAUUCUGGAAUUUUCAUUUCUA